AAGAAACGCUCAAAACCUUUUCAAGAACACAUGAACUCUUCAUCUUCUUCUUCCUCCUCACCUAGUUCCUCUUCAAAGUUUCUUGAUUUGGUAUCUGCCAUCAGCCAAAAAGAAGUGAAGAAAAUUUUAGUCUUGUUUCUCGGUUUAACUGUUUCGUGUCUACUUCUUUACAAAACAGCUUAUCCUCUUCCUUUGCUCGAUCACCCCUCUUCGUCUUCUCCACAAACAAGAUCAAAAUCAAUCAGUUUUAGGGAAGUUCUUGAGAAUGCAUCAACAGAGAAUCGAACGGUUAUCGUAACUACGUUGAACCAAGCAUGGGCAGAGCCAAAUUCUCUGUUCGAUUUGUUUCUUGAAAGCUUUCGUAUCGGACAUGGAACACUGAAGCUACUUCAACACGUGGUUGUUGUUUGCUUGGAUCCCGAGGCAUUUGAUCGGUGCGCACAACUUCACCCGCAUUGCUACUAUUUAGAAACAUCAGGAACUGAUUUCUCCGGCGAGAAACGCUUUGCUACUCCUGAUUACCUCAAAAUGAUGUGGAGGAGAAUCGAACUCCUCACACAAGUGCUUGAAAUGGGAUUUAACUUCAUCUUCACGGAUGCAGAUAUAAUGUGGCUUAGAGAUCCAUUUCCUCGGCUAUAUCCAGAUGGAGAUUUUCAGAUGGCGUGUGAUAGAUUCUUUGGUGAUCCUUAUAACUCAAACAAUUGGGUAAACGGAGGCUUCACAUAUGUGAAAUCAAACCAUAGAAGCAUCGAUUUCUACAAGUUUUGGUACAAAUCUCGUCUAGAUUAUCCAAAGUUACAUGACCAAGAUGUGUUCAACAAGAUCAAACAUAAGGCUAUAGUCUCAGAGAUUGGAAUCCAGAUGAGAUUCUUUGACACGGUUUAUUUUGGUGGGUUUUGUCAGACGAGCAAAGACAUAAACUUGGUGUGUACGAUGCAUGCUAAUUGUUGUAUUGGAUUAGAGAAGAAGCUUCAUGAUCUUAAUCUCGUUCUUGAUGACUGGAGAAAGUAUUCAUCUUUAUCUGAACAAGUUAAGAAUACGACUUGGAGUGCUCCUAUGAAGUGUUUGUGAAUUGAAAGUCUUGAAUUCAGUUUGAGGGGAAACAUUGUUGGUGCUGU